CCCGCCCCCCGCACCGGAGCCCGGGAGCCCCAGGCCCGAGCCACAAGAUCUGCCGGCCGCCCGGGGCUCGGGCCGGGGAAGCGCGAUGGCGACUUGGCGGCGGGACGGCCGGCUGACGGGCAGCCAACGGCUGCUGUGCGCGGGGCUGGCGGGGGCGCUCAGCCUCAGCCUCACCGCGCCGCUGGAGCUCGCCACCGUGCUGGCCCAGGUCGGCGUCGUGCGCAGCCGCGCCCGGGGGCCGUGGGGCGUGGGGCUCCGCGUCUGGCGGGCCGAGGGGCCCCGCGCCCUGUGGAAGGGGAACGCGGUGGCCUGCCUGCGCCUCUUCCCCUGCAGCGCCGUUCAACUGGCCGCCUACCGCAAGUUUGUUGUGCUGUUCACGGAUGACCUGGGACACAUCUCCCAGUGGAGGUCCAUCAUGGCUGGGAGUCUUGCGGGCAUGGUUUCCACCAUCGUGACAUAUCCUACAGACCUCAUCAAAACCCGGUUAAUUGUGCAGAACAUGCUGGAACCAUCUUACAGGGGGAUCCUCCAUGCUUUUUCUACUAUUUAUCAACAGGAAGGGUUCCUGGCCCUUUAUCGAGGGGUGUCCCUUACUAUUUUAGGUGCUCUCCCUUUCUCUGCUGGCUCCCUUCUAGUUUACAUGAACCUGGAGAAAAUCUGGAAUGGACCCCGAGAUCGGUUAUCUCUCCUCCAGAACUUUGCCAAUGUCUGCCUGGCUGCCGCAGUGACCCAGACACUCUCCUUUCCCUUCGACACGGUGAAGAGAAAGAUGCAGGCUCAGAGCCCCUACCUUCCCCACUGUGGAGGAGUAGAUGUCCAUUUCUCAGGAGCAGUGGACUGCUUCCGGCAGAUAGUGAAAGCCCAAGGGGUCCUGGGGCUCUGGAAUGGAUUGGCAGCCAACUUACUGAAGAUAGUUCCAUAUUUUGGAGUUAUGUUUGGCACCUUUGAGUUCUGCAAGAGAAUCUGUCUUUACCAAAAUGGCUACAUUGUGUCUCCUCUGAGCUAUAAAUUGACCCCAGGGGUGGAUCAGAGUUUGAAGCCCCAGGAAUUACGGGAAUUAAAGAAGUUUUUCAAAACUGGACAACUAAAGUCUAAAAAACCAACUCUUUAAAACUGAAUGGAGC